UGAGGCAAGCUGGCCGUUGACUUAAUAAGAGAUUAGAUCAUUAUGUGAGAGAGCGUUGACUUGGCCCAUACGAGCAUAUACCUUAAUAUGCUACAAAUGAUUCUUACACAUGUGAAUCUUUAAAUAGAGAUGGACGCAAAGUAUCCUCUACUCACUAUCUUCAAUUCAUUUUCUUCUUCUCUCUAAAAUAAUUGUGUAGCCAUCUCUUCACAAGGCAUAGUUUUGGAAGAAGGAAGUAGCCAUGGCUCGAGAGCAACUCCAAGUGCUCAGUGCACUUGAUUCGGCGAAAACACAAUUGUACCAUUUCACGGCGAUCAUCAUCGCCGGUAUGGGUUUCUUCACAGACGCAUACGAUCUUUUUGCGAUCUCCCUUGUCACCAGAUUGCUCGGUCGAAUUUACUACUUCAAAGGUGGUGAAAAGCCCGGGACCCUACCACCCGGUGUGGCCUCAUCGGUCACGGGUGUCGCACUCGUUGGAACCUUAUGUGGUCAACUCUUUUUCGGGUGGCUUGGUGACAAAAUGGGUAGGAAGAGAGUCUAUGGUAUGACUUUAGCACUUAUGGUUAUAUGUUCACUUGCUUCUGGGCUUUCAUUUGGGAAUGAACCCAAAGGUGUCAUGGCCACCCUUUGUUUCUUUAGGUUUUGGCUUGGGUUCGGCAUAGGUGGCGAUUACCCGCUCUCGGCUACAAUUAUGUCGGAAUACGCUAAUAAGAAAACCCGUGGUGCGUUUAUCGCUGCGGUUUUCGCUAUGCAAGGGUUUGGGAUUUUGGCUAGUGGGAUAGUAGCGUUAAUCGUGUCGUCUUCUUUUGACCACGCGUUUAAUGCUCCUGCCUAUAGAUCGAACAAACUUGACUCCACGGCCCCACAAGCGGACUACGUAUGGCGUAUUAUACUCAUGUUUGGUGCGAUUCCAGCAGCUUUGACUUACUACUGGCGUAUGAAGAUGCCGGAAACCGCACGUUACACCGCUUUGGUCGCGAAAAACGCUAAACAAGCGGCGCAAGACAUGGCUCGAGUUUUACAAGUUGAAAUCGAACCCGAAGAGCAGAAGGUAGAGAAAAUUGCUCAUGAUACUAGAAACUCAUUCGGAUUGUUUUCGAAAGAAUUCGCCCGUCGCCACGGCCUCCACUUGCUCGGAACCACUUCCACUUGGUUCUUACUCGAUAUCGCUUUCUACUCAAACAACCUCUUCCAAAAAGACGUCUUAAGUGGUAUCGGGUGGAUCCCGCCCGCGAACACAAUGAGUGCCAUUGGUGAAGUCUACCGAGUGGCGAAAGCCCAAACCCUUAUCGCGAUAUUCAGUACCGUUCCCGGUUACUGGUUCACGGUCUUUUUCAUCGAUCGCAUGGGCCGUUUCGCAAUCCAACUAAUGGGAUUCUUUUUCAUGACCGUAUUCAUGUUCGCUCUCGCCAUUCCUUACCACCACUGGACCCAACACGAGAACCGUAUCGGCUUCGUAGUCAUGUACUCCUUAACAUUCUUUUUCGCCAACUUCGGCCCUAACUCCACCACUUUCGUGGUUCCAGCCGAAAUCUUCCCCGCAAGACUCCGUUCCACCUGCCACGGUAUCUCCGCUGCAGCCGGAAAAGCUGGCGCCAUCGUCGGGGCCUACGGGUUCCUCUACGCUUCUCAAAGCACAAACCCGAAAAAGACCGACGCCGGUUAUCCUACCGGUAUCGGAAUCAGGUACACCCUCAUCAUUUUGGGUGUGGUCAAUGCAUUAGGAUUGUUAUUUACGUUUUUGGUCCCCGAACCUAACGGCAAAUCGCUCGAAGAAAUGUCGGGUGAGAACGAAGAGGAUAUCGAGCCUACCUCAAACACAACUAACCGAACCGUUCCAGUUUGAUGUACUAAAAUUAGUUCAUAAGGUGUUCUCAUACAAGAAUAUUGUGGGAUUUUACAAAUUGACUACUUUGUGUUGAAUCUUUUUGUGGAGUACUUAUGAUUGCUAGCUUUAAGAAUCUAGUAAAGAUUCAAAAAGGGCAGACAUCCAUGUUGUUUCGAUGUGGUCAGAUGUUAUCUACUACGUAAUGGUUUCAUCUUUUUGUGGGUUCACAUUGUGUUAUAAAGUUGUAGGAGUUUCAUACCGUUGUAACUUUAUUGUUUUAGUAUAAUAAUACGAGGAAUAAAUAUCACAAA